AUGGAAGCACAAGCUGAACAGUCCAUCCAAGCCACUUCAUCUCGAAACAGAACUCUCUGGAUUGGAGAUCUGGAGUAUUGGAUGACUGAAAUAUUUAUUGGGUAUUGUUACGCAUCCAAUAAUGAUUUUGUAUCCAUUAAGGUUAUGCGAAAUAAGAAAGGAGAAUCCAAAGGUUAUGGGUUCUUGGAGUUCAGGAGCCAUGAAGCAGCUGCGAGUGUUCUGCAAACUCACAUUGCAGUCAGUCACCUUCCAAAUGCGGGAAAGCUUUUCAAGCUCAACUGGGCAGCUGAUGGUAACACAAACAUGGGAUCAACCUUCGACAUUUUUGUGGGAGAUAUUCUGGAACAACUGUUUUCUGCCAAGUAUGGAUCUGUUAGGGGAACGGAGGUGAUGAUGGAUAAAUUUACAGGUCUUUCGAGAGGAUUUGGUUUUGUGAGGUUUGAAGAUGAAUUGGAUCAAAUCUGGGCCCUGGAUGAAAUGAACGGCUUUGUAUGUUUUGGUAGAGCCAUUAGGGUUGGUCCAGCUAUGGCUAAAAAGAAGAAAUCUGAGGCUGCAUGA